UGGCUGUAACAGGGUGCACCGGAGACCUCCUCUGCAUGCAUGGAAACUAUCAUUUAGGCAGCUUGAGAUUUGUUUUUCAGCGUGUUUAGAGUGGGGGUUGGGGGGGGGGAGGGUCAAUGUUUUCUCUUUCAUGUUUAUAAGAAAUGAAGAAUAUUUAAAUACUGGUACAGGUACACAAGAAAAUAACCAUAUGUUUUACUCGUGUUGUUCAUUUCCAGUGGAGUUAUCAUUUUGAAUGCGAUUAAGAAGACUAUGAUAAUGCUUCCAAGUCCAGUUACUUCCACACCAUUCUCUGUCAAAGAUAUUCUGAAUCUGGAGCAGCAAACUCAACAGCACCAAGCCCUCCACCACCAGCACCCUCGCGCGCACUUGAAGCAGGAUUUACAGGAACAGCAGCAGCAGCAACACUUCCACGCGCUUCCUUCUUGCAUGCUCGCCGCUGGGGAGAGCCCUGGCUUCUCGGACGGGGAGGAGAAAAUGGCAUAUCUUAACUCUGUCUCACACAGUCACGGGGAAGUCAGCAUCUCUCCCGACCUCUUUGUCCACACAGCUCUUGGAAAUUGCAACAACACCAAACUAGAGGUGGAUCCAGAGGACCGAGAAGCCAAAAGUUGUCUUGUUAAGAAAUUGAAAGAUUGUGAUGACAGCCGGCAGGAUGAAUCGGAAAGACCCAAGCAGAGAACCAGGCGGAAACCCAGAGUUCUCUUCUCACAGGCCCAGGUGUUUGAGUUGGAGAGGCGGUUCAAGCAGCAGAGAUACCUGUCGGCGCCGGAGAGGGAACAUCUAGCCAGCACGCUGAAACUCACUUCCACUCAGGUCAAGAUCUGGUUUCAGAACCGUCGGUACAAAUGCAAAAGGCAGCGGCAGGACAAGUCGCUGGAGAUGGUAGGCCACCACCACCCUCCGCCGCCCAGACGAGUUGCAGUGCCCGUGUUGGUUCGGGAUGGCAAGCCUUGCUUGGGGGGCUCUCAAAACUACAAUGCUCCUUAUGGGGCAAACCCUUACAGCUAUAACAGUUACCCCACUUACAGUGCCUACAGCAGUCCCGCGUAUAACUCAAAUUACAGCUGCACUUACUCCAGUAUACCCCCCAUUCCACCCAGCACAGCUACCAACGCUUUCAUGAACAUGAACCUCAGCAAUAUUGCCAGCCUCAGCAAUGGCGCUCAGCCCCAGACUCAUCAGGGGGGCACAGUCUCGCCUUGCCAGGGGACCCUACAAGGGAUCCGAGCCUGGUAGCAAUACAUAAAUAAGAUCAAAUAUGUUGAUGAUUCCUAUUGGUUUUAUUUUUAUUUGUUGAUAUUAAAUACCGCGGAAGUAUAAAAGAGGCAUUUUUCUGUCAUCAACUGUGGGGCUUUUUCUUUUAAGACAAAAUAUCAGUUGUAAAUUUAUGUUUCAAACAGCGUUAUUGUACUAUAGCUUCAAAGGAAGUAUUUAACCCUCUAAUGCACAUUGGUGUAUCCCAGGUGCUAAAAUGCUUCGCCAGCCCGCUUUUGUAUUAUUGUAUUACUCUUGUAUUACUCAGAUAUUGUAUUACUCUUUGGC